CUCUAAUCCCCCUCCUCUCCUUCCUGGGACAUGCCCCCUCCCCCUCCCUUCUCCGCCUACCCCCCCCUUAUCGGUGCGGCGCAUCUGCGCUAGGCUGAGCUUUGCCCCUCAGUAUACGACACUCACUUCCUUAUCACUAUCAGAGAGGCCGGUCGUCACUGCUUACUUGAGUUGCGGCUAUCAUCCCUACGCCUCACGCCAGCCGCAUUGUCCAACGACCACUACCGUUACAAAAACCACAUAUAACGCAUAACGCCGCUCACCAGACACGAUGCAGCAGCAGACCCCUCCCGAAUUUAUCCUGGACGCCUUCGCUGACCCAGCGUCCGUCCGCGAUGUGGUCAAAGGAAUCCUUCACACCAUCUUCUUCCACCGCUUCUUCCCUGCCGUCGUCCCCUACACCCGCGAGGUCCUCGACUUGACGCUUCCCUACGUCGACGACGUCGAGCUCGAGACAAUGAUCGAGCAGCGUGCUACCGCUCUAGUCCGCCAGCUCGACGCCGAGCGGUCUUCAUCAUCAACAUCGACAGGCUCGGGCGGCGGCGGGGGAGGGCGCGGCCAGCUCAACGUCCAGUUCUUCGAGAAGAAGCGCCGCAAGACCUGGCUCAUGCGCGGCGACGAGGAGGUCUGCUGGGAGUGCUGGACCGUCAAGGUCACCGUCGCCGAGCCACGGACCGAGACUGAGCGCGCAAAAGUCCGCAAGGCCAUGGAACAGACCCUGAUGACGACCGUCAUGAAGGUCAUCACCUUCGUCAAUGCCCACAAGGACCAUAUCCCUCCGAUAACGACGCAGGGGUCGAACCCCUUUCCCUACCAGAUCAACAUUAACCAAAAGGAGUCCGGAUGGGCCACGAGGAUGGGUAUAUACUGACGGAAAAUUGAGACUUGACCGGGGCCUCUGAGAUACGAGAUUUCAUGAUAUCGGCAGGGACCUUUGCAAGGGGAGAUGGUUAUGAAUGCAUUUUCUAAUGUGACAAUGAUUAACACUGACACGUCUCGGCAAGGAUAUGUAGGAAAGGGCGAACACUUGGCGUUACUUUUGGGACAGGGCGAAAUAUUUACACUAAGGCAUAGGCAAUCUUGGGCAAUUGUUAUCUAGAGAGCAUUCCAAUUCGAUACCCGUUUUUAAGUUAACGAACAUACACACAUCUUGACGUAUAUGUAUG